AUGGACUCGAAGCACCCUGCCCACACCUUCUUUGUGCGCCCCAGGCUCGCUCCAGUUAGGAAAUUACAGGAUGACUAUGUCAGUCCUGAGUACUUGGGAGCAAACGCCAUCGAAUGUCUCGGUCUCGACUUCACCUCUGGGACACCCCUAGACCCGAGGACGAACAAGCCCGAGCGACACGCAGAGCCAUUCACACAACUCUUCCCCUUCAAAGAUAUGGAGAGGGCUAUCCUCGCUAACAAGCCCUGGGUUAGUGGUGGAUGGACCUACGACCUUGACGGCUGGGACACGGCUCUUGACAACUGGUGGCACGCGAAAAAGAUCGUCGAUCUUCUUAGCCUGUAUUUGUACAACCAUCAUGAAGCCGACGAGGACAUCGAAGCCUGCGGGAUCAUCGACUCCACAGGGUGGAGGCAGAGGGGAGUUCCCCCCGAAUACCGGCUAAACCGGCAGGAUGAUGCUGUCAAAUGGGCAGUCAUUCAUAUCUGGCAUAGAGAGACUCAUAAGCCUGAGCCGCAUGUGGUGUGCGCCCUGGCCGACAGAGUCCCUCUUCGCGAUGAUCAGAUUUCCGUCCCUGAGUUGAGAACAAUCUUAACCCUCAGCGGUGUAAGGGCUUUAGAUGAGGGCCGCGGUAACCGCAAGCGCAUUCCGGUCACUGUUGUUUCCGCAGCAGGGAGGCAACUCCGUAUUGUAGUCGGCAUUGUCGACAGCAAGAAUGGAACAAUUGAGAUUCGGGAGGGUCCGAUCAUUGACUUUUCGGAGGGCGUAAAGAAGAAUUGGAAGCAGUGGAUAACAACAUUGUGUUGGAUUUCUGGAUAG